GCAAAUGCUUAACGAUGCUCAUCUACGUACCCACGAUCACACGGCCAUCUGCAUCACAGCUGUAUGUGCGGAUUCGCAGGGUGCUUAAGAGACUCCAUUAACCUAAUGCGUCUUCCUUUCAUUCACUUGCACUAAGCAACAUUGGCAUUGAAAGAUAUCAUAUCAUAUUCCAUUUUAGCCUUUUCCCCCCCUCUGGAGAUGCCAACUUUGAUGCAGUCCAAUCUCCCAAUUCACCUUCACCACGCUAGAUAUAUCCCAGGUCCACCUCUCUGUUUUCCUCAUCACAAAAACAUGGUUCUCUUCCUUUGCUCUGUCUUCCUUCUUGUUUCAUUUGCUACUGCUUGCGAUCGAUGCGUCCACCAAACCAAGGCUGCCUAUUUCUCUCAGGACGCCGCCCUUUCCUCUGGGGCAUGUGGGUAUGGGUCCCUGGCGUUGGAAUUAAGCGGUGGACACCUUGCAGGUGGUGUUCCUUCCUUGUACAAAAAUGGAGCCGGUUGUGGUGCGUGCUUUCAGAUAAGAUGCAAGAGCUCAAGUCUGUGUACCAAAUCAGGUAGCAGAGUUGUUUUGACGGAUCUCAAUACCCACAAUGAAACUGAUUUUGUGCUCAGCAGAAGUGCCUUCGUGGCCAUGGCUCAGAAAGGAAGCGGGGAACAACUUUUGAAGCUUGGGAUCUUGGAUGCUGAAUUUAAGAGAGUUCCGUGUGAGUAUAAAAAUAAGAAUUUGGCGGUCCGGGUGGAAGAAUCAAGCAAAAAACCAUAUUACUUGGCAAUUAAAUUUCUGUACGAAGGAGGUCAAACAGAGAUAGUAGGCGUUGAUGUUGCUCAGGUGGAGUCGUCAAACUGGAGCUUCAUGAGCAGAAACCACGGAGCAGUGUGGGACACGAGUAGGGUUCCAGGAGGCGCAUUACAAAUGAGGAUAGUGGUAACAUCAGGGUACGACGGAAAGUGGCUGUGGGCGAAGAAGGUGUUACCUGCAGAUUGGAAAACGGGACAAGUGUACGACACUGGUGUUCAGAUAAGUGACAUUGCGCAGGAGGGAUGUUCUCCCUGUGACGACGGCACCUGGCCGUGAAACCAGUUCUCUUCAGAAUACUCAGAAUCGGUAUUUCUGCAUAUUUGUGAUGUAAAAUAAUGUACAAUCAUGGGCUGUUGAGGAUAUAGUCUUGUUGCGAGGCCAACAAUGAAGGAUUUAUUGCGUCGACAUUACCACUUAGUGCGAGCGCCUCUUUUAAUGUAAAAUUCAGCCAUGCAGAUGCAGGGCUAUAUUAUAUAGCGGCGCCCGACCUGAAGGGACCGACUAACGAAUCAUGAAUGUGAGGCCAUAGUUAUAAUUAAAGAGUUAUGUUGUUUUGAAA